UCUUCAAUUUCUGUAUAUUCGUAAAACAGAGUCUUCUGUUCUGUAUUUAUAUAUACAAAUACAAAUGGAAGACGCUUCCCACUAAACGGCCAGUGCAUUCAAGAAUCUUCUCCCUCCUUUAUAUAGAAUCCAAACCAAGCCAGCCAACAUAAAUUCUCCUACGUCUGUGGCAUCCAAAUACUAGCAGAAGAGAAUAAUAGAUCAGAUGGGGAAAACGCGUGUAGUUGGUAUAGGCAUGGACUACUCACUAACAAGCAAAGCAGCCCUUCGAUGGGCUGCUGAUAAUAUUAUCCAGGAAGGAGAUCUCAUCAUCCUGAUCCAUGUUCAGCCACCCAAAUCAGAUCAUACCAGGAAAAAACUUUUCUUGGACACUGGAUCUCCUUUAGUUCCUCUUGAGGAAUUCAGAGAGAUUAACUUUUCAAAGCAAUAUGGACUUACAUAUGAUCCGGAGGUUCUUGAGAUUCUUGAUACAGCGUCAAAGACUAAAGGGGCUAAGGUGGUGGCCAAGGUCUACUGGGGGGAUCCAAGGGAGAAGCUUUGCGAUGCUGCGGAAGAUCUUAAGCUCGACUCUCUUGUUGUUGGAAGCAGAGGUCUCGGUCCUAUCAAAAGGGUUUUGCUUGGCAGUGUUAGCAAGUAUGUUGUGACAAAUGCUUCAUGUCCUGUCACGGUAGUUAAGGGGACCCAAUUUGCCAAGCCUUAAUUGAUAAGGUUGUUGGAUCUCUACAUGAUAUGCACAUUCUCUGGUGUAUAUUUUUAUUUUAUGAAAAAAAAAAAAAAAAACUUGUGUAAUGUUAAGAGUGAAUUAAGUACUGUUGGCUUGAUGAGAGACGUUUGUAUUAUCUAUUGUCAUUAACGUACGUAUCAAUUUGUUUCUAGAGUUGCAUGGAUCGAUGUAUGUUACAAAUUAACCAACUUCUUUCUA